AUGGCAGCCGAUAGUUCGUCAUCCCGUCAAUCAUCAGAUUCCAAACAAGAUGGAAGAUCAGCUCAAGACUCAGAUGUGAUCAAAAAAGAAGAUAAUAAAGCAUCGACACAUGAAGAAGGAAAGAUGUUCAUAGGAGGUCUUAAUUGGGAAACAACCGAUGAGAGCCUUAAAUCAUACUUUUCACAAUACGGUGAAGUAACGGAUUGUAUAGUCAUGAGAGAUCCAAAUACGGGGAGAUCUCGUGGUUUUGGUUUUCUUACAUUUGUAGAUCCUUCCGUUGUUAAUACCGUAUUAGUUAAGGAACAUCAAUUGGAUGGGAAAAUUAUCGAUCCAAAACGAGCGAUUCCGCGUGAAGAACAAGAAAAAACCGAAAAAAUUUUUGUAGGAGGUAUUGCGCCGGAAGUAUCUGAGGAAGAAUUUAAAGAAUAUUUUGCGCAAUUUGGAAACGUUAUUGAUGCGACCCUUAUGGUCGAUCGUGAUACUGGUAGACCUCGCGGUUUUGGAUUUAUCACCUUUGAUUCUUCUGAACCAGUUGAGAAAGCUAUGGCUAGGAGUGACUUGGAAAUUCAAAACAAGCCGAUUGAAGUGAAACGAGCAAUGCCUAAACAUAAAUCACAAAGGCUUGCGCCGAUUUAUAAUCAGGGAAGUUAUGGAUCAUCCUCUCCGGCAUCAGCUGCUGCUGCAAUGUCUGGUUUAUCAUCAUCGGCCAGUUCUGCUAGCAGUAGAUAUGGAUCUCCAUAUGGGAUGUCCGGCGUUGGGAAAGAUGGAAGUUCUGGAGGAUAUUCUGGUCUUGGUAGUUAUAAUCCCAGCUCGUAUACAGGCUACGGUGGAUACAGUCAAUACUCCAAUUAUAAUUAUCCAAGUUCCUAUCCUAGCGGGUAUGCUCCAUAUAAUGCUAUGAAUGCUGCUUAUUAUUCUUCAAGUAGAUAUGGUUAUAAUAGUCAAUAUGGCGGUAGUAGUAGCAGUUAUGGAGGUUCUGGAAGUCGUGGAGGAUCUUACAGCCAAUGGUAUGGAAGAGAUGGUGGUUAUGGAUCAGGUGGUCCAUCAUCCGGAAGUGGUUCAGCAAUGGGUGGUCCAAGUUCCAGCAGCCGGUUAAGUGGUGGAUAUCGACAUUCUCCUAGUCGAGAUGAAGUUCUCGUAGCGGCGGACCAGCUCGUUCUUACUCCAGUUCAAUGA